GCCUUCCUCUCUACCAACCGGUUUGGUUGUGCUGAAAUUAAUGAAUAAAACUAUUUCACAUCUUUCAAGGCUGCCCAGUGAUAACAGUUCCUUUAACUACGUCGUGUGAGAAAUUAAAGCGAUCCCACAAUAAAUUAAUUUCUGGAAACUCUUUUAACAUGUUGUUAUGGCAACGAUUCCACCGCCUUGAAGCAAACAUACGAUCCAGCUGAAGUUAUUCACGUUAGCUCCCCAACACAAGUCAGCAAUUUUCAUGUACCGGUAAAAUAUAUUUUACAGCUGUCGUCGCUACCAUGUCCCAUUAUAGAGCUGCGGAAUCGAAACGAGAACAAUUUAGAAGAUAUCUCGAAAAAUCGGGAGUCCUUGACACUAUAACCAGCGUUUUAGUGCAACUUUAUGAAGAGAAUGACAAACCCGACAAUGCACUGGAUUUCAUAAAGCUUCAGCUCAAUGGUCCUGGUCCAGAUCCAGUUGACUCUGAGGCUCUUCGCAUGGAGCUGGCUGACCUUCAACAGAAAUGCAACCUUCUCAUGGGGGAGAACAAAGAGCUGAGAAACCGGCUGAUGCAGUACGAACCACAGCGUGAUGCAGGGCCGCCACAGUAGAGAGGAUGGGUUUUGUCAUUUCUCUUUUGGAUAAAAACAUAAGAGAUAUUAUUCAAUUAUAAGCGAUGUACAGUAAAUACAACAAGGGAUGUAUAGUAAAUACAACAUUGGCUAGAAAGGAACUUUUACUUUGUCAUAAAUAAAAAAGUUUUUUCAGUA